AACUUGUAGAUUUAUUUUUUUUUUGCUGUGGAAUAUAUUAAAACAAAAAAAAAAAUAAAACACUUAAACCAAUCCGAAGUGUGUAUGUCAAAUAGAAAAUAUUGUGCGACAAGAAUCAAAAAAUAAAACAAUAACAACAAGAACUGUAAAAGAGACAAAUAAAUAGACUUUUUUUAUGAAUGAUGACGGAUAAUAAUAAUUCUUAUCAAACACAACAUCCAGAUAGAUCACCCGAAAACUCUGCUAUUAUUUCUCAAUCGCCGCAUCAUGUUGUGAUUAAACAAGAACAAUUAAUCCAUGAUUAUAUUGAAGAAAGUCCUCCACCUCCUCUACCAAAUUCAUCAAUAAAUCGCAAGCAAAACUAUUCGAAUUCAUCAUCAAAAUCAACAAAUAUUGAUCAACAACAAAAGCAAGAUAUUCUCAGUUCUCCAAAUGAACAUCAGCAGCAACAAAGCUAUUCAAAUAGCUUAUAUCAAGAGCGAGUCACAACAUCGGAAGUUUCUUCUCCGGAAAUAAGGGGUGGCGACCACCGUAGAGGCGGAGGAGGAGGAGAAACAGGCGGAGGAGGAGGAGGUGGAUUCAAUGAUCCUGAAGAUGAUAAGGAUCGGAAUUCCCCUGGAAUCACCCAAUCUAAUGCUGCUCAUUCUUAUUCACGUUUAUCAGUUCCAUUACAACAACAGCAGAAUAGCAGCAGAAAUCGUGUGUCUCCUACAAAUUGGCAUCAACCUCAAAAUCAACUUGACUACAUUCAACAGCAACAGCAGCAGCAACAUAAUCAACAGCAAAUUUACACUGAUGAAAUUGUACCAUCUCCUGCUGAACAACAACAACAACAGCAACAACAAACCCACAGCCACAACCAGCUACAAAAUGCUCCACCACCGCCGCCAAAAAAUGCUUACGGAGUUUUAAAGCAUGAAAAUGACAUCCUUUAUAUAACAGAAAAUUGUAUUGAAAUUGGAAGAAAUUCAUCGACAUCGCAUGUACAUUUUCAUGUUGCUCGAAAUAGUUUCGUUUCGAGAAAGCAUUUUCAGGUUUUAUAUGAUGCGGAUACUUGUGAUUUUUAUGUUGCGUGUUUAAGUAAAAAUGGUGUAUUUGUUGAUGAUCUCUUUCAACGGAGAUAUGCUGAACCAAUGAAAUUACCAAAAAGUUGUUCCUUUCGGUUUCCAAGCACAGAAAUUCGAAUUUUAUUUGAAAGUUUUGUUGAUUCCACAACGACAUCAUCAUCAUCAUCGUUGCAUAACAAUGCAAUAGCAUCUACAAACAAUGUCCCCGCCAGUAAUAACUUGUCAAAAAUGCACUAUUUUUCUGAUCGAAGGAAUUUAAAUGCAACAUCUAUGGAAAAAUCAAAUGUGAUAUAUUCACCGCUUAAAAUUUCCAUUCCCAAAACGGAACAAAAAAGCCCAUAUCCAUCGCCAACUGGUACUAUAAGUGCUGCGAAUAGCUGCCCAACGAGUCCUCGGCAGGGUUUUCAAGACUAUCAAAGUUACAGUAGCUAUAAUAAUAAUAAUAAUCUGCAGGGUCAAGAUAUGUUUCAAACUCCAUCAACAUCAAACUAUAAUGACCAUGAAAAACCACCAUACAGCUAUGCACAAUUAAUAGUUCAAUCGAUAUCAGCAGCUUCUGAUAAACAACUAACAUUAUCUGGAAUUUAUUCAUUUAUAUCAAAAAACUAUCCAUAUUAUCGAAAAGAAGCAAACAAAGGCUGGCAAAAUUCAAUUCGGCAUAAUCUCAGUUUGAACAGAUAUUUUAUUAAGGUUGCAAGAUCUCAAGAUGAACCAGGUAAAGGAAGUUUUUGGCGUAUAGAUCCAACAAGUGAAGCUAAGCUUAUAGACCAAAGCUAUAAAAAACGUCGACAACGAGGAAGUCAAUGCUUUCGCCCAUCAUACGGUAUGCCACGAUCAGCUCCUGUAUCUCCCAGCCACAUUGAUAAUUCUCGUGAAAGUUCACCAUUACAUGAUAUUGUCUUGCAAUCGGCACCUGGAUCACCUGGAAUGUCUUAUCAAGGCCAUUUAGAAAAUCAUUCAGCUGAAGACUUGAUGUACAACUCACAAACCGUUAUGCAACCAUCGUCCUACAAUGCACACAGUCAAUACAACAAGAGUCCAUACCACAUAUCUGCUCACAAUAGCUCAACCGGACAACAACAAUCGAUUAUUGUCUCAACAUCUGGACAGACAACUAGUAAUGGCGGUGGGACCGGCAGUAAUAUAAAUGGCGGUGGCAGUGGCGGAGCAACUGGAAACCUAGUUGCUAUCAAACGCCAUCAUUCAGCAACAGUUACAUCUGCGCAAUCAAUAAAUUCAUCAAGUGGGAACACACCAUCACAUCAUCUGCAAGAUGCCUAUGACGAUGUGCACGACUACAAUAGUGGAACUGGAGGUACACUAGAUAGUGGUGAUGAAUUUGAAACGACGAUGAAAAGGCCAAAAUAUUCUACAGAAAUGAACUAGUAGUAAUAUGUGUAUGUUUGUCAUUUAAAAUAAAACAAAAAAAUAAUAGAACCAACUUUUGAAAAUAAUUACAAAUAUAUAUAUAUAUAUAUAACCUUUAUAUAUAUGUAUGUGUGAACAUUUUUAUUGAUAUAUACAUAAUAAUGUGUGUAUAUAUAUAAUAAGAUAUCCAUACUAUAUAAUAUAUAGGAAAAAAAUAAAAAAAAAAAUAUUUAUACAUAAAUAUUAACAAAGCACAGAGUAGCGCGGCAAUACUUUACAUGAUAAUAAUUAUUGUAAAAGCCUCCCAAAAUAACCAAAUGAAAAAAAAAAAAAAAUAAAAUUUUUGAAUGAAUCAACUAACCGAAUUUAUACAAACAAAAAGAAAAAGGUUACAUUAUCUUCUUUUAAUUUAUUCUGAAAAAUUCCAUAUAAUUAUUGUUUUGGGAAAGCAAUGUUAAAAAUUUACAAUAAAUAUAAAAAAAAUUAAAUCAAUAAAACAAACUGAAUGUACUAAAAAUGUGUUACGAAUAUAAAAAAUCGUCUACAUAAAUUUAUGUCCAAUAAAAAUGAAAUUUUAUCGUUCGUGAAAUCAUAAAA